AGGCCUGCCCGCUCGGCGUGCCAGAUUUGCAGCGGGCGGGCAGGGCCCCCUGCUGCCCGCCGGCUGUGUACGCAACAAGGCGGGCUUUCGCCGAGCGAGGCGGCGCUGACUCAGCCUGGGCCGAAGGAAGCGCAGGGCAAUGGCGCUCAGCCCCCCCGAGAGGCAGCCGGGCCCGCCCGAGCCCCCGAGCCCGGCAGCGGCGGCGCCACAGCAGCAGCACCAGGCGGACGACGAGGCCGACCUCGACCCCGACCCGCAGCAGCAGCUGAGCGGCCUGGAGCCCGACGCCGGCGAGGGGAUCCCGCUGCACUCGCCGUGGACCUUCUGGCUCGACAAGUCACUUCCUGGGACAACAGCUGCUGAAUGUGCAUCAAAUUUAAAGAAAAUCUACACAGUACAAACUGUACAGAUCUUCUGGAGUGUUUAUAACAAUAUUCCUCCUGUGACAAACCUGCCUCUGAGAUGUAGUUAUCAUUUAAUGCGUGGAGAAAGACGGCCGCUGUGGGAAGAAGAAAGUAAUGCCAAGGGAGGUGUGUGGAAAAUGAAGGUCCCCAAAGACAAUACGUCUGCAGUUUGGAAAGAGCUGUUGCUUGCUACAAUUGGGGAACAGUUUACAGACCGCUGUGCAGGAGGUGAUGAAGUAAUAGGAGUUAGCGUCAGUGUCCGUGAUCGGGAAGAUGUUGUUCAAGUUUGGAAUGUAAACGCGUCGUUAGCAAGUGAAGCUACAGUUCUAGAAAAGAUCUAUGAACUUUUGCCCCAAACAUCUUUUAAAGCAGUUUUUUAUAAACCUCACAAAGAGCACCAUGCUUUUGAAGGUGGACGCAGGAGACAUUAACACAGGAGACAGUCCUGAACUCAAGUUGUAAUUUUUAGUUUUUUUGGGGUUUUUUGAGAUCAUCACAGUGGAAAGAUGGACAAAAACACUUGCAAAAGCACCACAAAGCCUGGUUAUUUUAGAUUGUUAUAUUCCUCUUGAGCUGGUGCUAUUCAAAAGCAAGGAGUAUUGCUGCCUCAGUUGCUGAUUGUGAUGUUUCCUUUCAUGACUGCUUAACAAAAAAAAGGUCACUUUUACUUAGUAUUCCUUUCUUUUUAAGGUAGAAGACUUUACAGUUAAGUAGUUUACUAUACCUAGUUCAAAUGCAAAUAUGCACAGGCAUGAUAUGCUGCUCUUUCUAGACUUGCUGUACCUAGAGAAAUUGAUAGCUUUGUGAACCAUGUUUUUCUGUAAUACUUUGCUUUGAGACAUUCCUAUCAUGUUAAGAGAUACACACAGAUUUGUCCCCCAGAGAGGUUGUAAUUUGCACUGUCCUAAUAGGCAGUGGGAGAAAUCCAAGGGGAAUCCUGCUCAAGCUCCAUGGAAAUGAAUGGAUCUUGCACAGUACCUGGAUUGCUUCCAAUGUCCUCUGCUUAUGCACUGAUAAUGCGCAUACUGUAAAUAUAUUUUAAUGAUCACUGAACAGAGCCCAUAGACUGAAAAUACACUUCUGAUGUGACUAAUUUUAAACUCUUUAAAUACGAGCCCCUUAAAAUAAGGGGCUGGUUCUCACUUGGUGAUGGCCCAUAUCUGUCCUGAGAGCACGGGUAGGCUUGAAGCUGGACAUUGCUCGGGUUGAAGCAUUGUUUGUGAUGAUGUAUCACUGUUGAUUUCUGUGAUCAUAGUCACACUGGAACAGAUGCAGUUAUGCUGAUUGUGGUAUGGAAGCUGCCAUCAGGUGUGGAGCAGUCAGUUGUUGAUUGGCAUUUGUUUUUAGCUUUUUCAAAUAUCUAUUGGGGGGGGAUGAAUGAAAU